CUAUUUUGAAAUAGUCCCUGUCAGUUGGUUGCUUAUUCAUUUCCCCACUGGAGAUGAAUUAGAGUUUCUGGCCUCUGUCCACCAGUGCGGGCUACUUGAAGCCCACUUGCGUCUAUUUCCUUGAAUCAUAAGGUGCAGCCUGGAACUAGCCCAGAGUGAUUUCUCUGCCUACAUGUUCUCUUUGCCCAGUCUUACUCAUUGUGAUCCUAAUCGUCUGUCUUGAAUGUGGCCUAGUCCUUCCUUCUGGACUCUUGUCAUUCUCCUAACAGGUCAGAGUGAGGUGGAGCAGAGGCCCUCAUGAGGGUAAGAGAGAGAUUCUCAGGCCUUCAUUCAUUACUUGUUACCUAGUAAAAACGGUCUUGAUCUUGUCAGUGUUAUGUGGACUACCUAUCCCUUACUCCUCUUAUUCCCUUAUUGCCACUCUGUCACAAGGAAGUGACACCAGCAGGUGCAGUGUGAUGCUAUGAUACUCCAGAGAUCAACUGCCUGUUGAUCUGUGUCUGAUACAAGAAGACAUCUCUGAAGACAUAAGAGAUUUUUGCAAAUGCCAUCAUCAUUGUCACUGGAAUCUGAGGUUUCUGUUGGUUUCAGAUCUACUAGUGAAACCAGGUGGCAGAAAUUCUACAAGGAAAUAGAUACCUAUGAGAGGUUAGGGGAUUGACAGUUAGGUGUUGGGGGUAGAGGAUGUUUAAUUACCCCUUAUGCUGGGCAGUCUUUUCUCUGUAAGUCACAGUCAACCCAAGACUUGCUGGGAAUUGGCACCUAUAUUUCUGUGGAGAGGCCCUGCUGUUCGGCCAGUCAGCCCACAGUAGCUGAGGAGUGGCUGCUGUUAGAAAUGCCUACAGAACUCAGUAGCUGGUGAGAGAAGGCGGGUCUACAGAAGAGGAGCCCAGGGACCCGGGAGGUAUAUUUUCCAAGGCUAGACUUGAAAUCAUGACCCUCCUGCCUCGGACUCCAGUUUCCAGGCAUUGCAGGCAUACACCGUGACACCCAGCUCUGGACUUUAAUUUUAAAAGCCGUUAUUUUGAAGCCUGCUUGGAGGUUAUGUCUGACAAGCUGGACCCCAAUUCCCCGGCUGAUGGAUCAGAGCCACUUUUUUCCUUUGGAGUUAUAGCGGAUAUUCAAUAUGCCGAUUUAGAAGAUGGAUACAAUUAUCAGAGAAGCAGGCGGAGGUACUACCGACACAGUCUUGUUCACUUACAGGGUGCCAUUGAAGACUGGAAUAGCGAAAGCAGCAUGCCCUGCUGUGUGCUGCAGCUCGGAGACAUCAUUGACGGCUACAAUGCACAGUAUAAAGUGUCAGAAAAGUCUCUAGAGCUUGUCAUGAACACGUUCCAAAUGCUUAAGGUCCCAGUUCACCACACCUGGGGAAACCAUGAAUUCUAUAACUUCAGUAGAGACUACCUAGCGAACUCUAAACUGAACAGCAAGUUUCUAGAAGACCGGAUCAUGCAGCACCCUGAGACCUCACCAUCAGAGGACUAUUACGCUUAUCACUUUGUGCCGUUCCCCAAAUUCCGGUUCAUUUUACUUGAUGCUUAUGAUCUGAGUGUCUUGGGCAUAGAUCAGUCUUCUCCAAAGUAUGAGCAGUGUCUGAAGAUGCUGAGGGAGCACAACCCAAAUGUGGAGUUGAAUAGUCCCCAAGGACUUUCUGAGCCCCAGUAUGUCCAGUUUAAUGGAGGAUUCAGUCAAGAACAGCUGAACUGGUUGAAUGAAGUUCUUAAAUUCUCUGACAUGAACCAGGAAAAGGUGGUGAUUGUGAGCCACCUUCCCAUUUACCCGGAGGCCUCGGACAGUGUGUGCCUGGCUUGGAACUACAUGGAUGCCCUGUCGAUCAUAUGGUCUCACAAGUGUGUGGUGUGCUUCCUUGCUGGCCACACACAUGACGGCGGCUACUCUGAGGAUUUGUUUGGUGUACACCACGUCAACCUUGAAGGAGUUAUUGAAACAGCUCCCGACAGCCAGGCCUUUGGCACAGUUCAUGUCUACCCUGACAAAAUGCUGCUGAAAGGGAGAGGCAGAGUUCCAGACAGAAUUAUGAACUACAAAAAGGAAUAAGCUUUGUGUUUUUAGUCUCAUUAUCUUGUCUGCCUUUGUAGAAAGAGAAUGAUGUUUUGUGUUUUACCCUGUUGCAUAAAAAGUUAAAUUCUCGGUC